UCUCCCUCAAUCCCUCAUCCAUGGCUUAUCGACUAUGGUAUCAAUUUGGCGCAGGGGGAAAAACCAUCUCUGACGCCUUCCCGUUUUCUAUCGACCCCGAUGCUACUAUCGAUUCCCUUUUCCCCGAUAUAACAACUCGAAUUUCGACAUGGGGGCAAGACCGCUUCGAUUCAUUUGUUGGAGCUCGUCCCCCGUCAGGCAUGAUUAAGUUGUACAAGAUGCCAGAUAAUGGUCUCCUUGGAUUUGAUCCGGUGGGAUGUUCACCUCUACAGCGUCACAUUCAGUUCUCCUGUUAUUGGCCCUCUGCACCUGAACGAAACACAGUCCAUAUCCUCGCCUAUUUCCACUCUGAGACGCAGCAGGCUUUGACUGCCGCACCUAACGUCACUAUGGAAGAGAGCGAACUUACGUUCAAACUCUUGCUUCGCUGGGCAGGAGAUACGGCCCACCCCCAGUGGAAAACCUUUUCCCCCUCAAAUGAGGAUGAGUGUGAGGAGGUCGUUCAUGGUAAUCUACCGUCAAGCAUCAAUGACGUUCUGGAGUUGCCGAGGAAGCCACAUAGUUGUUCUAAGCAAACGGUCGGGGAACUUUAUGAACAAGUUCAUGGUGCAUUCAAAAUCGCCGACGUUCUCAAAGAGGUCCUGUCCGACGACGCAGAAGCGGAAGAUUACUUUCCAGGCAACAAGGAGAUCAGCCACCUUUUUUCGGCUUUAGGGACCAUGCAUGAUCUAGAAAAGCGUCGAGAUAUGACGUCCCACAUCGUAGGGACCAUUCUAUUUGAUAGUUUCGUGAAUCAUUGGGGUCGAUGGAUUCCAGAUGGCCGUCAUUCGAUGAAACAACCCUUACCGCUAUCUUUUCUUCUUUAUGCUUACGAAGAGGGAGCAAACGCAAUAUAUCGUUAUACUUUUAAGCCUGACUGGGCUUGUUUGGCCGGCUUGCUGCCCCGUCUGUUGGUAGAAUUCGACUCUUCCGCGGAUCAUGACGAUGAGUGUAGGCUCCUAAUUCAGUUACUAUGUACCUUCAAGUUUGCGCACCACCAUGUCCCAGACGACAAGAAAAACAAGUUCUUUUUGAUGGGCCUUUUCAUUACGAAGCAAUGGUGUGCACAUCGUUGGGUUGUCUACAAGAAGGAAGGUCAAAAGAUAAUCCUACAGAAGAAAGCUUAUUAUCUGAAGGAUCUACGCGAACUUGCCAGCCUCCUAUGUGUGCUGUAUAACUACAGCUAUCACGUCAAAAAUGACGGUCCCAUCGUCAAGGUGCAAGACAUCAAUCAACUGGCCAGGAAAGUCGAUCAGAAGUAUCCCGAGGUACCAAGGACGAAGACCACUAAGAAAAGGAAAGUGGACGGCGAUGGGUCAGGGCAAGAUAGCGAUGGGCAAGGCAGUGGGCACCAGGUCUGUAAAACUAUAGAGACUACUUUACUAGACUCUGGGUACGUUAUGGGCGGGGAGAUAAAGAAGGGUGUUUUCCGGGUGCUACGCAAAGGAACUCCAUUCAUCGCAAAACUGGGACACACCGACGAAAUAUCAUUCUUGCGUCAUCUGUCUUCGACAGAAUCACUCCAGAAACAUACCCUCGACCUUUUCGACACCUUGGAGUCUCGCCUAGGGCAACUGAUUAUCCUCCCCAUGCAUUCCUGUCUCGAUAAAAUCGAUAUUGUCAACACUCCACUUCAAGGUCGGUCCAUCCAAUUUUGUCGUCAGCUCGUGGACGGUGCUGCAUUCCUUCACAAACAUCACAUUGCACACCUGGACCUGAAGCCUUCGAAUAUCGUCUACGACUUCAAGGCUCAACGUCUAUCUAUUAUUGACUUCGACGUUGCCGUCUGGUGCAAUGACGUGGAAGUGAAGGUGAAAGUUUGCUGGGGUACUGAAGGUUGGACAGCUCCGGAAGUUGUCCUCGAUGAAAGCCAAGAAGUACGAGCGGUAAACCCUAUUAGGGUCGACCUGUGGUCCUGUGGGCGAGUCCUCAAAUGGAUUGAUCAGUUUUCACGGCCCAACGAAAAUGAUGUCAAUUUGACGCGGUUAUCUCUUCUUCUUAUGAACGAUCGACCAGAAUACCGACCUUCCAUACAUGAAAUGAUCAACGAAGAUCCAGGUUUUUGGUGUUCAGAUCGCCUCACUCAUGCUCUUGACAGUCAUUGUGACAAUAUUUCACGCAUGCAAUCUUUGGAGAGCAUGUCAAGAUCAUGCGAGAAACGAGGAAGACGAACUGAGGAUCAGACUUUGGACUCGAAAAGACGUCGAACUGACGAAGACGAAGGUUUGUUUAAAACACGUUUCUUCCCCCAGAUAGAUUCUAUCACCUCGUCCUCUUCCUCUGGGUCCUCAUUGGGCCGACCGGCCACACCUAUCGACUCUGCCCUCUCCUUUGACUCUAUUACCAAGAGUCAGAAUACAAGCCAGCAAGGCGAGCGCAAAAGAGAAGAGGACAAGCAUGACUUUGUGCACCUGAGCCGGUGUUAGCGCUCACCUCACUCGCUUUUGAAGUUUGGACCUGUAGUAACUUGUUUCAGCAUUACCCUUCCCCCACAUUUUACCAGUUCAAUAGUUCAUACAGUAGCACCUGUUCCUUUCCCUAUGUAUGACCCCUUCUGAAUCGGUUUAGAACCACAGUCUUAAAACUUUGGUUGCUUGUGCACAGCGCUACCGCAGAAUACCUUUAGCAUAAACCAUCGUGUGUUGAAUAACAACGUUUACUCCACC